UGUCUUUCGUUGCACGUUAAAACAAGGUUAUCAAGACUUGGUCUAUUAUUCCUUGUUGUUCACCUGUCAUUUAUCAUGGAAGUAGAGGAUCUGACGUCUGUCGAAUGGAGAGACACUGGAUGGCUAGAGAGAUUCGGUGGAUUCCACAACCGACAAAUGGUUCUUGAUUACUUUGCCAUGUCCCCAUUCUGGGAUAGACAGAGCAAUAAUCAAGUUCUUUCUAUGCAAACGCAAUUCAACGAUUUGAGACAAGCCGAUUCUACAGAGGAAGCGCUUCGGAAAAUGACUGGUGUUGAGUUUGCAGUUGUUCAUGAGCAGCCUCCCGUCUAUGUUAUACAAAAACAAUAUCGAAGAGGUCCAUCGCCAAAUGAUGUCACACCAAUCGCAACAUAUUAUAUAACUGGUGCAAAUGUGUAUCAAUCGCCAACAGUGUAUUCAGUGAUUGCAAAUAGGCUGUUGACCAGUCUAUUCCAUGUAAAUAGCGCGUUUCAAGAUGCACAGAGUAUGAUGGAAUACUUCCCUGCAAAGGGAUAUGGAUGGAAAACGGCAGGUGCAUUGAGCAACGCACAGAAGCAAGGAAAAGGUGGUAAAGCUGCUUCUUCGCAAGGCUAUCUUAAGGCGCAAGAAACUCAAGAGUUUCGAGGUUGGAUGGAAAAGGCGAUUGAUACCAGUGCGAUGAGAGUUUUACAGAAGGAGGCUACAUCGCAGACAGCUGAAGGUGGCGUUACAGCGGGUGGGAAAGGUCUGGACAAGCAAGGGUCGCAAAUGAGCUCACAAUCAUCACAGCAAGAUCUAUCCAAAACUAAACGACAACGGCGCAAACAAGAGGAUGUUGCUGCUCAUGCCAAAAAGAAGAAAAAGGCUGCCAAAUGAUCAAUGGGAUGGUGUGUACACAAUGGGUCACAGUUUGUCAAUACAGUAACCAGUACGAACAAACAUGAUGACAAGGCAUGCUCGUCCAUUGUAGAACUUAAAUUAUGGACCACCCUCUUGUAAUAUAAUAAACGCAUAAAUCUGUAUAAGCUUCCUACUGCUAAGGGGAUAGGUAGUACAUACACACACCUUCUUGUCCUCC